GGUUUGAGGGAAAAUUAGAGAGUUUUGUCAUCUUUGGUUUCGUAUCAUGUCAUCUUUGAUAAAAUUUCCGCGUUUGAACAGAGUCUUAUGGUUAUGAUUUUGCGAUUCUUGAGAAGAGGUUAUUCUAAUUUAUUGUCGAAAAUGGAAUAUCCCGUAGCAAGGAAAGAUUUCUCAUAUGUGGAUAAAUUCCACGGUGUUGAAGUAUCUGAUGUUUAUCGCUGGUUAGAGGAUCCAAAUGCUGACGAAACAAAAAUUUUUAUAGAAAACCAAAAUAAAAUUAGUAGAAAAUUUAUUGAGGAAGGAAGUGAUAGAGAUCGCAUUGAAAAGAAACUCACAAGAUUAUGGAAUUACCCCAAAUAUAGCUGUCCAACAAAGCAUGGAAAAUAUUAUUAUUUUUACGUUAAUACGGGGUUGCAGAACCAGAAUGUUCUAUUUCAACAAAAGCAGCUCGUAGAUGAACCGAAAGUUUUCUUAGACCCCAAUACAUGGUCUGAGGAUGGCACGGUCGCUUUAUCUCAAAAGUCUUUUUCUGAGGAUGGAAAUUACAUGGCAUAUGGAAUAAGUGAAAAUGGUUCAGACUGGUUAAAGAUUAAAAUUCGUGAUGUAAAUACUGGAGAGGAUCUGAAAGAGACAUUAGAAAAAGUAAAAUUUAGUGAAAUUUCUUGGACGAUCGAUAACGAAGGUUUCUUUUAUGCGCAAUAUGAUCAAUAUGCAGAUGGGGCAGAGGUAAAGCAAAACGAAAAUCAAAAGCUUUAUUAUCACUAUGUUGGAAAAAACCAAAAUGAAGAUGUUUUGAUCGCAGAGUUUCCUGAGGAACCCUCUUGGCGAAUACAAGCUGUCGUGUCUGAUUGUGGAAGGUAUUUGAUCAUGCCCAUAGUUAAAGGUUGCCGCGAUAAUCUACUUUAUUACAUUGACCUAAAUGAGGCCGACAAAAUACAAUCUGGCUUAAAUGUGAUAAAAGUGAUAGAUAAAUUUGAAUAUGAUUAUGAGUACAUUACCAAUGUUGGACCGAAAAUGUAUUUUAGGACAAACAAGGAUUCUCCCAACUAUAGAAUUGUUAUCAUUGAUUUGGAAAACCCUGCUGAAGAAUAUUGGGAGACAAUCAUUCCAGAACAAAAAAACGAUGUACUAGACUGGGCAAAAUGUGUCGAUAAUGAUAAAUUGUUACUAUGCUAUAUGCAAGAUGUCAAGAGUGUACUUCAAGCAAAUUGUAUUAAAACUGGAGAGUUGGUUGAAAAAUUUCCUUUGGAUAUAGGAACUGUUGUAGCGGUAUCUGGCAAAAAAAAAUAUUCUGAAAUUUUCUUUAAUUUCUCAUCAUUUUUAAAUCCUGGGACUAUUUACCAGUACGAUUUCGGAUCACCAGAUAAACAACUACAAAUAUUUCGCGAAAUUAAACUACAAUUGGAUGGGUUCAGCCAAAAUGACUAUGAAAUAAAACAAGUAUUCUAUGAUAGUAAAGAUGGGACAAAUAUACCUAUGUUUAUAAUACACAAAAAGAAGGAAGUUAUAUCGCCUCGACCAUGUCUGCUAUAUGGUUAUGGUGGUUUUAAUAUAAGCCUGCAACCCUCGUUCUCUGCCACAGGCUUAAUGUUCAUGGAUACAUUCGAUGGUAUAUUAGCAUACCCGAAUAUACGAGGAGGUGGGGAAUACGGCGAAAAAUGGCACAAUGCAGGUCGACUUUUGAACAAGCAAAAUGUUUUUGACGACUUCCAGGAAUCCGCCGAAUAUUUAAUUAGAAAUAAAUAUACAACUAAAGAUCGUCUUGUGAUACAAGGAGGCUCCAAUGGAGGACUGUUAGUUGGUGCUUGCAUUAAUCAACGACCCGAUCUUUUUGGCGCAGCCAUCGCGCAAGUUGGUGUCAUGGAUAUGUUACGUUUUCAUAAAUUUACUAUUGGACAUGCUUGGUGCUCCGAUUAUGGUAACCCUGAUGAAAAAGAACAUCUAGAAAAUUUGUUGAAAUAUUCACCUCUGCACAAUGUUCACGUUCCAAAAGAAAAGUGUGAAGAAUAUCCUUCUAGUUUAAUUCUAACAGCUGAUCAUGAUGACCGUGUUAGCCCAUUACAUUCGUUGAAAUUUGCAGCAGCUCUGCAGGAUGCAGUACAAAAUUCUAUUCAAGAAAAUCCAAUUCUUCUACGUGUCUACAGUAAAGCUGGACAUGGUGCUGGUAAACCUACUUCGAAGAGGAUAGAAGAGUCUGCAGAUAUUCUUACUUUUAUACGCAAAACUAUCAAUGUUGAUGUUGUAAAUCUCUAACAUUAUAUGUUAUGUGCUAGUUAGUAAAAUACAAAAUGAUGCUGGAAAAUACUUACCCCUCUGAUUUGGCAGAUCCAAAAAUCUAUGUAUUGAAUAUUAAUUAAUUGAUUAUUCUGAGUUAAAUAAUAGAAAUUGAAGGCACAUCAAUCAUAGUUAAACAAUGUAAAUUGUUAUAUUUUUAUUUUAUAUUUUUUAAUUUAAAGUCUUAUAUAACACUAUAAAGAGUUUAUCUGUAUUUAUUUUAAUUUUUUUUGAAUAUUUUUAAAUGUAAAUGUAUUUUACUUAAAAAUAAUAUUUUUCUCGGAAAUAUAUAACUACUUGCAGAUAUUUCA